AUGAAGAUGAGCACUGGACCGAGGGGGCCGCCUGUUGUUCACGGAGAUCGACGGGUCGCGGCGAUAUCCACUUGCCAGACGAAGUUGCCAUACGGAAAAGCCAGCCAAACCCAGCCAGACACUGAGAAUAGAGAGCAACGCAUUACGGAACUGGAGGAAGCCGAACACAGCAGCAGCGCGAUAGGACCAUGUGCGAAACGUGCAGACGCUGCUGAAGGUUCUGGACAGCACACAUUAGGCAUUCCUCCAACCCUGCGAGAGCAACAGGAGGGUGGCGGGAUGCGAAACCAUCAGGAGUCCGUUGCAGUAUUCGAAGGACAUGCCAAAGUCGAGUGUCACAAUCCAAGCAACCAAGAGGUUUCAGGAUCGUCGGUCAAGCAAACAUCAACACCAUUUGUGGACGAUUACGUUUCUAACUCCAGUGCGAGCGCGCUUGCGGCACUGGCGACCGUUUUGGCACAUUCUGCUGAUGGUACGCAAUCACCUCCGCCCACGCUGACUUCUCCGCGAAUGCUCGAACAGAUGAAACACCGCGGCGGUAACAAAUGCGUCACCAAAUGCCCCCCGUGCUGUGCUCAAGGACGUGGCUCCCUGAAGAUGCCCGCACCCGAGACGCAGUGCCGUGAGGGUCCUGAACUGGUAAAUGAGCGUUGGAGGCCAUUACCACUCGCACAGCAUCUCCGCACUCCGCUGACACGUAGCGCGAAACAGAUACCGUUUUCCAGGUCAGCCUCUACCGGCACUUGUACUAGUUCGACACCGAACUGCAGUGAUUCAGUCGCAUCGGAAGAGAUGUCGCUGGGGCUGAUGGGGCAGGAGCUAUCAGGGGAAACGAGACAGAACGAGUGUCCAAUCCUGACGACCAUGGUCUCCGAAGGAGCGAACAGGGAAGGCGGGGAGCAGGAAAGCGUGGCUGCACCACCACGCGAGUAUGGGAGCGCCGCCGUUUCGGGGAGUCGCUUAUGCACAUCAGCCUCAAUUCGUGACACAAAGUGGCCUGACUGUGGCGGUUCUCUUGAGUCAGUGCAUGCCACCAGUGAGCGCAACGGGGCUAACGCCGGUCGGCCUGCGCUUCAAAGUCUUAAGAACGGCUCAACGGACGACAGUAGCUCCAGCUGGGAUACCGAGAAAAGGGACGCGGUGCCCACGCGCACUGGCGCGCCCGCUUACGAGUCGUUCCAGCAGACAGCAGCCUCACAGAACUCGGCCGCAUUGCCUGCCUCUCCCAACGUACCCUUGGCUUCUACAAUUCUGGCCGACCGACGAUCGGUAUUCUAUAAGACACAGAUGUGCCCUCAUGCUAUGCGAGGCCGAUGCCGCCUGGCCAAGGGUUGCAGUUUUGCUCACCACAACCGGGAGCUCCGCACGCCACCGAGACUUGACAAAACCAAGAUGUGUGCAAACGUGAAAGCGGGAGUCAGCUGUCCCAAAGGCGAGUCAUGCUCUUUCGCCCACAGCCGCAACGAGCUCCGCCACACGGUUGCUUUCUACAAGACGAACAUGUGUCGCAAUUGGCAGGCUGGAGCCUGUUUGCACCCGCAGACAUGCAACCAUGCUCACGGCAUGUACGAACUGCUAUUCUUCCGCACCUUGGCAGCAGGGACCGGGUGCAGAGACUUCAGAAAAGAGAAGGAAGUGUACACAGGGCAGAGCGUCAUCACCUCGCGAGGUUCCGUCGCUGACGCUGGACAGGAGGGCAAGGGAGGCUCGCUCGAGUUCAAAUCAGUGAAGAGUCGGGAUGAAUUUUGCAGUAAGACAAGCGCUGCAGGCAGCACCGACGCGGACGACCACUACACUGGCGAUUUUGCGGUUUCUCGUCACUCCGCCGUCGUCCGGAAUAACUUACAGACACUUCUGGCCUCUCUCGCACCAUUAGAGUCGCGUCAAGCACGAACAGGUGUUCCCCGUGCAGUCGGGUCUGAAGCGGAGCUUUCACAACGACAUGCCUCCGACAAGGAACUCCUUGCAUCCAGACGUGCGGAUGACACUGGAGACGCCAAGUCACAUGUGCCUAGUAUCAAAGGAAAGGCAAUCGAGGGGGGGACUGAGACGUCCUGUACCAAGGCUAAUACGGUUGCAGGCAGUGGAGGUGUUGUUCUUUCCGGCAACAUCAUCAACGACCGCGGGGUUAAGAGUGAUGCAUCUGGCCUUCACGAUGGAGGGAACAUGAGGGGUAAUCUCGCUAAAGGACGAAGAAAAAAAGGAGCAGGCGUUCAAGACGGAUGCAAGGGAAAACGGCGUACGUUGGGAGCGGAUCCGGUUUUGGAAACGCGGCCGACAGAGAAGAUAAAAAACGCAUCCGCAGUGAGGACGGCGAGGAGUACAACUUCACCUGUGAUGAGGGGGGAUAAAUGGCUAUCAGCAACGGGGGAUACAGUGAUCCAGAAGGCUGAUGUUUGCCCAUUCGUCGUUGCAAGUAGGGAAAGUAGUGUGGGGAUGACAGGACAAGUGCAGGAUCGCGAACAGCAGGCUGCAGAGGAAACUGAAUCAUUGCAUCGCCCGCGCCAAAACCAACGCACGCCCACGUCCUUCCAGUCCGCGUAUUUAGCCACGCGGCGGCCGACCGGAAUGCGGAAAUGCAACUCGCAGGUGAAACGCGGAAGUACCGUGCAGGCCGAUAUCUUGAACAUCAGACCCGCUCCGGCGCCGCCUUCUGCUCCUUCUCCCGCAGCAAUCGCCUCACUUCAGGAGAUCUUGAACGUUACAGGUGUUGCUGAGACGGCGAAUGAGAAACCACCGCUUUCUCCUGCUGCAGACCAAAUGCAACAACGAUUGCAGACAAAUCAGCGCCAACUACUUUUUCAGCUUCACGCUUACCAACAGGCACGACUACAGAGAAAUUACGCCGAAACCAUUCUUUGCCAACAGCGCAGGCAGCGGAACAGGAGGGAGCAUAGUAGCGACAGUUUACGUUGUAAAGGUUCGGGUGACGAAAACUCGCUUGACAGAAUGGAGAGCCGAGAGGCGCCAGUGAAGGGCUGGAGCGAGGAAUCAUCGUUUAAGGGCGGCGGCAAAUCUGAGGGAACCUCGGCAGAGUAUCCCGUCUUUGUGGCAGAUCGUCGCGUCGAUGCUGCGGACAAAAAGGGCAGCAGCGGUGAUGGAGCAUGCCUCUCUGACCCUGAAGAUCCAAAUACAGCAGCCAUGGACCUAGCCUACACGCUGUUGCUCCUUUUACGGGAGUCGGCUCCUAACAAUGUCAGCAGCGACUGUGCAGGGGCUGCUGGCUCUUUACGGAAAUUUCGAGUACACCAGAGCGGCAGUAGCCUCCACGUGCCACCGCCAACCGUGGACGAUGAAAUGCUAGGCUGGACGCAAGAUCAGCCGAUGGAAGAUAAUCUUACUAUCAACGGCUGCGCCCCCCAAACACCAGUGCAACAAGUGCCUUUCGUUAACGAUGAGACGAGCGGUCAGCCGACUGUGUCAGUCGUGGGAGCGCUGGAGGCUUUGGAGAGCAGGCACCUCGUUGAUCUUCAAGUGGCUGUUGGCCCCUUAGAUGCGCUUUCUGAGGAACGCUCGGAGAAUCGGAACUCGUCAGCCGAUCUCUGGACCGCGGAAGUUGCACGUGGCCUGUUUGAUACCAACCGUUUGAAUAAGCCACCUCUGCCGCCCUGCAGUACACCAGUAGGUGUGAAACGUGAAGACCCUGGGCUCUCGAACGCGAACAGAGGAUGCGCUGACGCCCAUCUGGCACUCGCAGAACCAGGGACCGUGGCGAGCGGUCAAACAGGUGAUUUCGAGCAGGCUCAGGCGGCCCUUCCUCCGAAGAAAGUGACGUCAGAAGAAGGGGACCUGCGUGCAGGCGGUGGCGUGGGUGCCCAAGGGGCACGCACAGCUUCUGUGGCACUCGCAAGUGCGGACAACGCAAUGAAGAUACCCGACGUGCCACUGCCUCAAGGCAGCCCUACAAGGAGCAGCGGCGCAGCGUUGGGCAGACUAGCGGAUCGACCAGCGUCGGACCGGACUGCCACGGAGAUCAUCAUGGCGAGACUGAACGCAGCGGUGGGGUCUCUGGCAAGUCUAGGACGGGAGACGCGAAUGGUCGAGGAUCUUCUGAGAUGCCAACAGCAAGGCACAAGCGAGAAGCAAAGCCUCAGAACCUCAGCAAGGAAGUCGGCCAUCCACGAGGGGGCAACAACCACUGUCGAAACUCGGGACUGUUGUUCUCAUGGCAUUGAACUAUUGAGGGCGCCCGUAUUGACGGAAGAUCCCCCAAGGGAUUGUCUAAGUUCCGGCAGAGCUUCGGUUGGAUACGACCGCUCUGCAGGAAGUCACCCUCGUCAGCAAGUGCAUGCAGAUGCCAUUGCCCGGGCGGACGCGGCGGCUGCGAACAGCGUUGCAAACGAGCAGGAGCCUUUCUUGGGGGGGACACUGGGGAAGGCAUUACGAGACUCGUCGUGGCAACUAUGUUGCCAAAACAUAGAGUGCAGCACCACUUGCGCACGCUGCAGUGGAAUGAGCACUGGAACGACCAGAGAGGUGACAGAAGAAGCUCGUCUUGAAGGUGCUCGACACCUUUUUUCCUCCUUUUCCAAAGGGAACAUGAGUCUUAGCCGUCCGCGAAGAGAUGAUUUUGGGGUGAAGGUCAUUUUAGAUGCGGCGCCGCCUGAGAGCGGGAGUCUAGAAAACAAGCCAAGUUUCUCUGUCUGCAGCCCCCGACAUGGGGACGAUAAGUUGGAAAUGACUUCAGGCUUUGAUCUCGUGUCUCUCGCGAGUCACGGCAGUAUCGAAAGUAGCACAGCGUCAAGCGAUAUCAGCGGCGGUGCUGAGCAGCGGCGGGAAACUGGGGCUCGAGUGAUGCCAAGUUUCGCGGAAGGGGAUUCCGCAUUUCUUCGUGGAGAUCAUUCACUGGGUUUUCAACGUUAUCCCGACGCAGAACAGCGACAGACAGGGCACCCAGGUCAAGAAUUUCAUGCGCUUGCCGGAUACACAAGCGACAGUGAGCACCUCGUCACAGAUACUAGCCGGGAGACAUUUCGUGGUGCGCGCAUGGGAGGGAAGGGUCUCGUCCCGCAUAAACCGAUUCACGUGCGAACCGAUGACGAGUCUGUCCAAAGAGCGACGGUCCGGACGACGAGUUCCAAUGCUUUGGAGGUGAUGUCCUCAGACGGUGUGGGAAAUAUGACGGUCGCGGAUACCAUGGUGGCACUUUCAAGGACCGCAGACAGUUUAGAUUGUCCGGGCGGCGAUUGGGCGCGCAGACACGAGCUCUACAGUGCGCGGAAGUUGUUGCAAGGCCUCCACAUCGAUCAAGGUUUAGCAGCCUGCACACGCCGAGGAAGGUGGCAAACCUCGUGCUCUGUAGGUGUUUGCGCGAUGAAUGAAGCAGGGGUAGGUAACCCAGGGGCAGUUGAACCUGGCAAUGGCAAGCAGGCAGCCGGGGGUGCCGCUGGCCAGCCACGAGAACUGGAGAACUUGCAGGCCACUGAAUUUGCUUGCGGAUGGAGCCACUGGCCACCGGCUUUGCUUAAAGCGGAGGCAGAGACAGAACAAGACGCAGGUUCUGGACCGUCUCAGAUGCAGUCGCUCCGCCAAGGGAUGGAAAGACAGUGUUGCGAGCAGUCGUUUUCUCGCCAGUGCUACCGACUUCCAGAGAAGCGGACAUUAGGGGCUGAGACUUAUCGCCCUGCAGGUGUCGACCCACUUACUUUGAUUGAAAGCAUGAUUCACGCUCUCGAACUAGAGGGAUAG